AUGAUGAAAUGGGUGAAACAUGAUGUCAAAAACAGAAGAAAAAUCUUCCAAGAUCUGUUUAGCUUGCUGAAACUUGGAGAUUUAUCUCUCGAAUUCCUAAAAGAGACAGUUCGAAUUGAACCCUUAGUGAAAAAAUCAGAUAAAUGCAAUGAUUCGCUUAUCGAUGAAUUAUUUUCACGAGCAUCUUUAAAAGCUGAAGAAAAGCCGAAGGCAGAGCAACCUUUGGCUCUACCAGUUUCAAAGGAUGAUGAGGAAGGAUCUUCUGUCAUUGGAGGGGCAUCUGGUUAUGGCACUGCCAGUUCCAGACCAGCUAAUGGUGCAGAAUCUCAGUCUUCAAGUCAAACUACUUCUGGUCUAAGAAUCAUCAACGAACAACCAUCUGGUGGGGGGAUGAGAUGGAGUAGGUCGGGAGAAUCACUGCCAGGGUUUGAAAGAUGGAGGACUUAUGUCAUCACCUACUCAUUUCCUGCUGGAAGUCUGAUGGGGGUUUCAUAUGAAGCUCAAGAAUUCACUGAAUAUUUGCCAUGGAAUGGUAAUGGAGAUGAAUGUGACAACUUACUCAGACAAGCAUUCGAUGCAGGAUUGAUUUUCAAGAUUCAGGAAGUUGAUGACAGAAAAGGAAAAAUUGUUUGGAACGAUGAGUUUCCUCAUAAGACUAAUAAAACUGGAGGAUCAGAGAACAAUGGAUAUCCAGAUCCAAACCAUCCAAUGAAACUGAGAGAAGCAUUGAGGGUGAAAGGAUUUGAGCGUGAUUAUUCAAUACCGGUGAGAUAA